AAAUAAUAAUAAUAAAAACAAAAAAAAAAGAAACAAACAAAAAAAAAAGUUGUAUUCUUAAAUUAAAAUUGUGAUUAUAGCUUAAACAAAAAAUCAUGAAUAACAAAUUCAAAGUUUCGUUCAAACACCAAUGAACCACCAACUUUAGAUGUCGGUUAAAAAUUAACAUCAAACUUAUUUCGAUUGCAAAUAAUGUAAUAUAAACAAAAAAUAAUCAUUAAAUUCUUGACAAUUCUAGAAAUAUAACAAAAAAAACACCUUGUUUUGAAAAGCUUUAAGAUAAAAUAAUAAUAAUAAUAAUUAUUAUUAUUUAACAUAUAAACUAGUGCUCUCUUUUUAUUCUAUGCUUAUAAAAAAUCUUUGGACAACAGUUUAUAUAUCCAUGCUACCGAAAAGAUAGUACAGAGCCCCCUGUUUUCAAUAAAAUAUUUUCAAUUCAAAUUAAAAUAAAAUAAAUAAAACAAAUUAAAAAAAAAAAAAAAAACAAAUAAAUAUCAUAAACAAAGUGCUAUAAAUUAAAUUACUACAACAAAUCUAAUCUAAACAACAAUGGUUAAAUAUUUUAUAACUUUGGUACUUUUGGCGUGCGUAGCCUUAGAAUGUACCAACAUUAACAAUAGAAUGUUUGCUAAAUCAGAAGCUUACAAACCUACUCAUCAUCAUGUGCGUCCCCAAAAGUAUGGGUCUCUAGAAGCAAGUGAUCAUAAUGCUUUCCGCGAACAACAGCACAAUAAUAACCGACAACAUCCACAUCCCCAUCAUCAUUUGCCACAUAAUCCACACCAACAGCAUCUUCAACCGGAGGAACCCGAUCAAUAUUUAGAAAACCAAGGAAAUCGAGAACAAGAUUUUGAAGAGGGAGAAGAAGGAAAACCUAAGAAUAAGCCAAAUCUAUGGUACAUAGUUCAUAAGGAGCUUAACAAGGCUUCAAGUAGCAGUAGUAGUAUAAGUAGUACAAGUACUGGAGAUGAUAUGCCAAUUGUUCCCUAUGUCAAUGAUGAAAGGAGCAACGAGCAAUUAGAUGAGACUGAUAUGUUGAGAGAUGAUUUUAAUGAAGUCAAUAUUAAUGACCUCGAUGUAAAACCUGAGUCACGUAGAAGGAAUCAUAAACAACAACAACAACAAAUUAAAGCUGCACCAACGAUAAAGUGUCCUAAAUGUGAAUCGAAUCGACAAAAUGUUCGUGUAAGUGAAGAAGAAUUAACUCGUUUACGUAUCGAGUUUGUGAAAAGACAGAUUUUGGAAAAAUUGCGCUUAAAAGAUAAACCAAAUGUGUCGGCUGUAGGAAUGCCAAAGCCUAUCUAUGAAGAAACUACAAUACAUCAAGAUGAGCCGACAAGCUCUAAGGAUUUAGAUGACUACUAUGCCAGGGCCAGUAAAAAAUUUAUAUUCUUAGAAAGAGAAAAACAAGAGUGUAACCAUCUCAAUCAGCCAUCAAUAUGUUUCUCAUUCAAAAUUGACGACCUAGACCUGGAAAGUAUUGAUGUCAGUAAAGCAGUUCUAUGGAUUUUUAAGAGGCGAAAUACAAAAGAUCUUCUCAAACAAACAAUUGUUGUAUCUGAGGUUGAACAAGGAGGUCAUAACUCGAAAUAUCUCCCAAAAGUUAAACCAAUAGCAAUACAAUCAGUCGAUGUGCAAGAGGGCUGGAUGAAGAUCGACAUUGAAUGGCCAAUAAAACGCUGGUUUGGCAUUCAUGAGCUUAGUCAUUUAAUUCACAUAUCCUGUGAUUCGUGCGAAAUAAAGACUGCUGAUAGUCUUAUUUCAACGGAAAAGGAUUAUCGACCAUUCAUCAUGAUCGACACGCAAAAUCGGCGACGUGUUUCGAGACAAAAACGCAGUGUUAAUUGUACAAACGGUGUGACGGAAUGUUGUCGGGAAAAACUCUAUAUAUCAUUUGAUGAGAUCGGUUGGAGCGAUUGGAUUAUCAGUCCGAGAGGCUAUGAUGCAUAUUUUUGCAGGGGAUCCUGCUCGACUGCGGCGAGUAUAGCUCAGAGUACGACACAUCAUAGUUCAUUGAUGAGGAAAGUUAUUUCACACAGGGAUACUGCCGGAAAAAAACCACUCGAACUGAUACCCUGUUGUACAGCAAAUCAGUACUCAUCUCUAGAAAUAUUUUUCAGGGAUAGUAAUAAUACAGCGACGCUUAUGAAAUUUCCUAAUAUGGUUAUUGAAUCAUGUGGUUGUAUGUAAAUUUAAAAUUUUAAUAAUAAUUAAAAAUAAAUAAUUUAUAAAUUAUAAAUUAGGUUUAAACAUAUUUCCAUUUUUUAUAAUAUUAUUUAUUAGCUUACGUACAACUAAAUACACAAGACACAAAAACAAACCACAAAUAAUCUGAAUCUGUAUUAUGUUAAUAUAUAUUUUAUUUGUCUUUUUAUUUUUUUUUUUAAUUUCUUUUUUAUUUUUUAUUUUGUUUAAGUUAUAAAUUUUUUUUUUUUAGUUUUAAGUAAAUUUUAAGCAUAACAAAUUUACUUAAGAUUUAUUCCCGAAUUUCGCUGCCUUUAGUUUGAAAACAAGAAAACUGAAAUAAUAUUAUUUUUUUAUUGUGCCCUUAAAUUGUAUAAGUUUUAUAAACUAAGAAAAAAGUAGAAAAAAUAUACAUAUAUUAAUUUUUA